GGGCGAACAAGAGGGCCGCACUCGCAGUUCGUCGGUGGGUUAGCCGCAGUGUCUGUGAGGCAGCGGGCUAAGAAGAGGAGUUUGGGAGAGGGUAAGGGGAGUCGUGGAAUACUGUUGCCGUCAAUCUCAAGGUUUGCGAAGUGCUGUGUCGACAGCAGUGUAGCUUGCGAGGAAGAUGGCGGCGGCUAUGUCGGCGGCUAUGGCGGCGCUUUUCACACUGUUGCUCGUCGUGUCGCCGGUUCUCAUCCAUGGAGACGCUGGAGGUGACCUCAUGAAGGCAAUCAAGGCGGAUCAGAGGUUGCAUCAUUUGCAUCAGGCCUUAAUCACGACUGGGUUCUCAAAAGAGCUGAUUAAAGCCGUGAAGGACAAGCCGGUCACCAUCUUCGCCCCCCUGGAUGACGCCGUCGACGCUGCCACAGCCGCGGGCUGGGUUUCGUGGGACUGCCUGACUUCGACGAAGGCCGGGAAAGCUGCUCUCAAGGAAAAUCUCAAGCAUCAGGUGGUGAACGGCUCGUUCUACACCGUCUGGAAGUUGGCGAAGACGAACCAAGUCAUCCCAGCCGACGGAUUUCCGAUCGAAGUAACGUUCGACAAGGCGACGCAUUUGGUCUCCUUGGACGGUUACGUGCACGUCGCACAGCCUGAGGCGAUCAUCAUGAAGAAUGCCAUCGUUCAUCUCACGGAUGGGGUCAUCGCGACAGAGAGCAAUUACGCCAACAUGCUCGACGUCUGCGGUGAGGCACCGCCCUCUGCUCCGCCCUCUGCUGUCUUCGGCAGCGGCUUGUAAAUCGAGAAAGAGGGAGCCGAGCGCGGAGGAGGAAAGGCAGUGAGAGAUCGGAAAUAUUCCGAGAGCAGGAAAGACCAUGGAGGGCUGAAGAAGAUGAGCCAAGCAGAAGAGCUCCCUGUAUGGCGGUGCGCGUCGUUGGCGCAUGGCAGGGCGCUCUGCAGCGGGCGGGGAGCUGGUUGGCACCCCGCGGCGUUGUCGAUACUUGCAGCCGGCGUCAUAUGGCUGGACAUCA